AUAUGCAGACCCAGUGUAUCUUCGAUUUUCCCAUGAUUCUGGGAAAACAUGGCAGCUAGUCAUCAAACAGUGUUACUUGGAAGAUAGCUGUCAGCAGCAGUAUAGAGAGGAGAGUCGAUAUUACACAGGGGCAUAUGGAGAGUGGAGGAUGGUUGUGGUUCCUUUGGAAGAUUACAUUGUUGCUAAACCAGUGCAGUUCCAAUGGUUACAGGGUGGGGACUUAUCAGCAGGCUUUGCACUUGAUGACCUUUACAUUGGUCAGCCAUGUCCAGAAAUGUGCAGUGGUCAAGGGGUGUGUAGACGGGGAACCUGUGACUGUUUCAAGGGAUUCCGUGAGCCAAAUUGCACUAAGCCUAGUCAGGGGUCUCAUGGAGAAUUUGAUCGCUUUGACAACAUGAACCAACCCAGUGCAUUAUGGGAUAACAUCCAUGGGGGGCAAUUAGGGGCAGGCUGUGGUGUCAUCGAUGUUGGAAAGUCACUUUAUUUCUAUGGUGAUGGAACUAGAGAAGCCAAAACCGUUGUCAUGGAUAUAUCUAACAUCAAAAUGCUUCAGUUUGACAUCAAAAUUGGAAGCAAUGAAAACACAAAAUCCUGCAGGAAACCAGCCAGAAGAAAUGAAGGGGUAAUUGUAGAAUAUUCCACCAAUAAUGGUAUCACAUGGCAUUUGUUGCGGUCCUUGGAUCCAUUUACAUGCUGCAACCAAUCACAAGUGGUGAAUAUUCAGCUACCAGAUGGCGCCAAAAGCAAAAUGACUUCAUUUAGAUGGUGGCAGGCAUUAGGGACAGAAGAUGAAGAGAGGGCACAGUGGUCCAUAGACAGCAUAGUCAUAGGAAUUAACGAGACCACACGUUCCACCUUCCAGGAUGAUUUCUCUCCCAUGCAGCAGGACGUUUGGUUCAUGGCCCAGAAUGCAGUGCCAAGACUGACAUGUGACUCCAAGGACUUGGCAUUGGAGUUUAGUAAAACAGAUGCUGUGCAAAGGUACGCAGAAACCUGGGACUUCCAUGUGAUGCCGUCCUCGUUCCUGCAGUUUGAUCUGGCCAUGGGUUGUGGCGGGGCGUACUCCUCCCUGUACCAUGUGAUGCUGGAGUUCUCCAAGGACAUGGGGCGAACAUGGCACCCAGUGGUGGAGGAAUGUCUGCCGCCUGACACCAACUGCGUGGGUUAUCAUCUCAGCAGUGUCUUCUCGUCAGAGUCACACACAAACUGGACUAGGGUGACCAUGUACCUCCCGGCCAAUGCAGUGUCUCCUGCCACCAGAUUCCGCUGGCUACAGCAGACGACAACCUCGCGUGGAAACAUCUGGGCCCUGGACAAUGUAUAUUUGGGUGACGGUUGUGCCUGGAUGUGCUCAGGGCAUGGCUACUGCAGAAAUGGACACUGUGUAUGUGAUCAGGGAUAUUUUGGUGAAUUUUGUGUACCUCAAGUCCCGUUGCCUGGGUAUUUAAAGGACAGUUUUGAUGGUCAACUGCAGAAUGACCAAUGGCCAGAGAUAUAUGGAGGAGAGGUGACCAAUAUAUGUGGCGUCAUACAGUUUGGGAACUCUCUUACUUUUUACAAAGACACCAUUAGACUAAUAGCUACAAGAGACUUGGAUGCAUCUGCAAUUAUGGUGCUGCAGUUUGUGUUCCAAUAUGGCUGCAAUGACAUGCAUCCAACAUGGUCGCCUGAACACAGUGUGCUGUUGCAGUAUUCAACCAAUGGCGGGGUUAGCUGGCAACUCCUAAAAGAGCUGUUUUUUGUUCCGUCUGCUGGAAGAAGAUUUUUCAGUAUAACAAAUUCCAGGCAAGCUAUGAGUAACUCAACAAGGUUCAGAUUUUGGCAACCCAAACAUGGAGGUUACAUGCAGUCUGUUUGGUCAAUCGAUAGUCUGUACAUAGGAGGAGCUGCUAUGCACCCUACCUCCGUGUAUGAAACAUUUGACUCUGAACCUGACCCAGCACUCUGGCUCUUUUGGCCUGGAGGAAGGAUUGGAGAGUUUUGCGCAGAUCACACAGGGCCAGAUACACCACUGACUGGCUCCAAGGCAAUAGUAUAUAAGAGAGGUCCCGGUGAGAAGUCUAUCACUACCAACGACAUGGAGGUUGGGGAAAAAACUGUGGUGCAGUUUGAUAUAAAUGUUGGUUGUUCCAUCCAUUCCUACCACAAACACCCAGUGUACCUUCAGUAUUCAAAGGAUGGAGGACUGUCCUGGUUACUAGUGGUGCCACCUUGUAAGGGGGAUGCUUGUGCCCACUCAAGUAUAGAUGGCACUGUAUUCUAUAGUGGAACCAGCAAGAAAUGGAGGAGAAUUAUAGUGCCUUUGGCAGGAUUGAAAAUUUGUGGGACUGCACGUUUCCGUUGGUAUCAAGGGUAUUUUGGUGAACGAGAAUUUACCCCGGAGUGGAGCCUGGACAAUGUCUACAUAGGGAAUAGCUGUAGAGAUCACUGCAGUGGACAUGGCACCUGUGUCGCUGGAGUUUUGUGUCAGUGCGAUGAUACAUAUGAUGGAAGCGGCUGUGAAACCGCGAAGGGGAACCCUAAGUACCUGAAGGAUGAUUUCAAUGAUGCAGCCAUCUCAGACAGGAAGUGGGUGUUACACAGUGGGGGCGAGUUGACCAAAAAGUGUGGUCAGUUGGUCACAGGGAAUGCCUUCCACACCACCAGCUCAGGGGUCAGAGGACUGGUCAGCAGGGACCUUGACCUUACUCAGGCCAGUGUUGUCCAGUUUACAAUAAAGCGUGGCUGCAGCCCUGUGACCUCUGACCCCAUGACACAGCCAGUGCUUCUCCAGUAUUCCACUAAUGGUGAAAUAUCAUGGACCACGAUGGAAACAUUCUCGUUCAAUGGCACAUCCAACAUGGCGGAGUAUGUUGCGUUGCCGUGGCCAGAGGAAGCCAGAGAGAAGGCUGUCAGAGUGAGAUGGUGGCAGCCCAGUUCUGAUGGAACUUACAGGGAUGAAUGGGCUCUUGAUGAUAUAUUUAUCGGUGGUAACAUUAUGGGGGAGGUGGCCCUACAGGAUGACUUUGUUGCCGUGAAAGACACACAUUGGUUGACACUUGCUGGUGGACAACUGCAGACAGGUGUAUGUCACCCUGGAAAAUAUGCCUUACAGUUUUCAGGUGAAGGUACACCGCGGUUUGCAGUCACUUCUGAUAUUGUCGUCAGAGAGAACACAUUUGUACAGUUUGAACUUGCCAUGGGCUGUAACAAGAUGGACAAAUGUUACGGGAUCCAUUUAGAGUAUUCUCUGGACAUGGGGAAAACUUGGUCACUGGUAGCCAGUCACUGCCUGCCGUCCAGUGUGGACUGUGUGUCCUUCCACACUGAUACCACAUUCCCGUCAGAUGUGCUCUUUAACUGGAAGAGGGUAAUCUUACCACUGCCUUACUACACUAGAUCUCGCUCCACCAGGUUGCGGUGGGUUCAGGAGGAAGGAUUUGAUGUAACGAACACCUGGGCCCUGGCUCAUGUCUACAUAGGGAAUGAAUGCCCGAGGAUGUGCACUGGACACGGUAGAUGUAGCAGAGGGCAGUGCAGCUGUGACAAUGGCUGGAGGGGUCAGUUUUGCGAACAGCCAACUGGUCAGCUGCCCAAGUGGCUUAAAGAGGACAUGUUUGACCAGGACUGGGAGCAGGGCCAGUGGAGCAGGGUGUCAGGGGGGUUCAUAUCUACAAGCUGCAGGGUGAACACGGCAGGGAAAGUACUCCACUUUAUAGGGGGCUGUACAAGACAGUUGACUUCCACUGACUUGGAUCUUUCUGAAGCUGUCUACAUCCAGUUCCAUUUUGUGUUUGGUUGCUUAGCAACACCAGAGCACAGGGAUGAAGGGGUUAUAGUGGAUUAUUCUACAAAUGGAGGCAUCAUUUGGACCACUGUCACAGAGUUGUAUUAUGAUCAGUAUAAAAAACCAGAAUUUGUGAGCCUAAUGCUCCCAGAAGGUGCCAGAAGACUUGGCACAAGAAUCCGCUGGUGGCAGCCCAAACACAGUGGAGAGAACACUGCUGACUGGGCUGUAGACAAUAUUAUCAUAGGAGGAACAGAUCCUGCACCUGGUUCUCUGAAGGAAAAUUUUAAUUCUGGAAUUACGCAGAAAUUUUGGCUUAAUAGUGACAAUAUGGAGAUGGGUAAUUUCUGUGGAGAUUUAUCACAAAGUGCCAUUUCCUCUCCAGUUGGCAUGGAAACUGUUACCCUGACUACAGUUGAUAUGAAUAUUGAGAAAGGUCACAUACUGCAGUUCAGCAUCAGUGUUGGUUGCAAUGCAACAUGGGAUACAUAUAUUUUACCAGUGCUGCUGCAGUUUUCUGUGGAUUUUGGUGUCACAUGGCACCCCCUGGUGGCAGAGUGUGCUCCCUCUGACCCACAAUGCACCGAUGUGGAGAACAUGGAGAGCAGUUUCUACAAUAAUUUGGAAUGGCGAAAAAUGACCUUCUCAUUAAAGGGAGAGGUGAUAUCUAGGUCAACAAGAUUCCGGUGGUUACAACAUUUUUUCUCAGAUGUGUCUCAAAGCCAAGUUUGGGCUGUUGAUAAUGUCUACAUAGGACCAGCAUGUCCUGGCAACUGUAGAGGGCGUGGUUGGUGUGACUAUCCAAGAUGUAACUGCUUCCAAGGCUAUGGGGGGAAAGACUGCAGAGUAGUUUCAAAGAGGCCGACAUACCUAAAGGAAGCAUUUAGUGGCAGUGAUCUUGGUCUGGACUCCUGGAGCCUUGUUCAAGGGGGGACUAUUGGUCAGGGCUGUCCUCCAGUACUGGACGGCCCAGCACUGGUGCUGAGAGGGAAAGGACAGAGACAGGUGGUCACUGUUGAUUUGGACACUAGAAAUGCACGUUUCAUCCAGUUUCUGCUGCAGAUAGGUGGUGAGGGACAAGAGGACGGAUGUCGUCGCCCACAAUCCAGAACAGACAGCGUAAUCUUACAAUAUUCUUCCAAUGGGGGAACAACUUGGCACACCCUUCAAGUUUUGGACCACAGUAGUUUCACAUCCAUGCAAAGAGUCUAUAUUCCUCUCCCUGGGAGAGCUGCCACAGCAUCUACCCAAAUAAGGUGGUGGCAACCAAUCUCUAUGCCAACCAAGCCAGCAGCUGUAUGGUCAUUGGACAACAUAUUCAUAGGGGGCUCUGCUAUCAAUCCAAGUGAAUUGUGGGACGAGUUUGGCAAUUCUACAGACUUGAGCUGGGAGUUUUCUCUUAAUGGCGAAGUUCUAGAUAAAUUUUGCGGGAAAUCUGACUUGGCUAUGACCUGGAGUGAGGGUGUUGGAGAGCGAUAUAUUACUACUGGCCAGUUGAUCGUUCAGGAGAACUAUAUGCUACAGUUUCAGAUCGCAGUUGGUUGUGAUCAGCUUCGCCACAGCUGCAAUGAUCAUCAGUCAAUCAGAUUAGAAUAUAACAAAGAUCCACGCUCCAAUAAUUGGAACCUAGUCCAGCCUGUGUGCCUGCCAGGACACAUCUCUAGUUCUGAGUGCAGCCCUUACUCCUACUCCACUGGAAGUAUUUACACAGCGAAUGAAUUUUUAACAUGGAAACGAGUGACUUUGGACUUGCCCAAGAAAGUGUUCUCAAGCUCAACUCGUUUUCGUUGGGUCCAAACCAAUACUAACACUUCAGCGGUUGCCUGGGCUUUAGAUGAUGUAUACAUCGGGGAGAAAUGUCCAGAAAUGUGUGGAGGACGUGGAUUCUGUCUCAACAAAACUUGUCAGUGUGAUGAUGGGAAUUUUGGCCGUGUCUGCCAGCCAAGCAGAAGCCUCCUCUUAAGUCACAUGUCAGAUAAUUUCGAUGAGAGCAUUAAACCUGGGUACUGGCCACAAGUGGAUGGAGGGGGUGUAGGAUAUGGGUGUGGCCCUCUCCAUCCCCUGGGGCAUGGCAGUAACUUGUAUUUUAAUGGAUGUGGGCUGAGGCAAGCUAUCACUGCAGAGAUGGACACAACUAAGGCUAGCAAGAUCAUGUUUGUUCUACAAAUUGGAAGUCAAAAACAGACAGAUACAUGUAACAUAAAAGUGAAUAAGGACAACAUUGGAGAAAAGUCUGUAAUACUUCAAUAUUCAAAGAACAAGGGGCUCAAUUGGAUGUUACUGGCUUCCCACGACCCACGGAACUAUCUUUCUCCAAAGAGAGUGUCCUAUGACAUUCCUACAGAUGCUAAAGUGUUAGGGGUGCAGUUCCGGUGGUGGCAGCCAUUGCAUGAUGGGAAGGGACAUGACCAGUGGGCCAUCGACUCUGUGGAAAUAAUCAUGACUCGCCAAGAUGAAAUGUUAAGAGAUGCUGCUUGGGUGCAGUGGAAUAGGUGGCAGCACAGGCAGCGGCAUAGGUCCUUGUCACCUGGGUAAUAACAAUCAGCAUGCAAGGUUUUUGUAUCUCCAGAGCAGAGGAGGAUUUUGUUGUCCAUAAAUCUGAAUGACUUUGUGAGGCUUCCUCGGACACCAUCUUCAGAAUUUAAGAACAGAAAUAUGCGGCUUACAUGUAGGAAGCAUGGAGACAAAUACCAUCAACUUAAACCCUGCUGCAGGGGAAAAUAUGUGACUCCUUGGAAAAGAAUAUAAUAUUGAACACUUGACAUAUUUUUGUAAUUUUUGUAUUUUAAUUGGUUUAUCCCAUGUUUGUAAUAAGUUCACCAUAUUAUUUUAUUGUAUUAGAUACCAUUUACUUAAUAAUACAUAAGUGUU